AGUAAAGUACCCCUUAUUUGUUUCUUGAUCCCGGUUUAGAAGCUUACUCACACUUAUCAAUCCCGGUUUAGAAGCUUACUCAUACUUAAACUUAAAUCAAUGACCCGGUUAGGUUAACAUUAAUCCGACGUCCAAAUCAAUGAGACUCUCCGUCACCGUCAAAGCCAAUAAGCCGUCGUUUCUCAUCUCUUGGAUCCGAUUCUCCUCCACGGCGUCGUCGUCGUCGUCACCGGCAGUCUCUUUGAAUCCGAGUGGACGAUUACAGCAAACUCUUGCGGGAUCUGUGGAGGUGAAAGGGAAAGCUCUGCAUUCCGGUAAGGUUUCGAAGGUGAAGCUAAUCCCGGAGAUCACCGGAGCUGGUAGAUAUUUCGAGUUUCGAUCCAAGUUCAUCCCUGCGUCAAUUGAAUUUGCUCAGGAGUCGCCUCUUUGCACUACGCUGUUGAAAGAUGAGCUCAAAAUCCGAACAAUCGAGCAUUUGUUAUCAGCUCUUGAGGCGAAGGGAGUUGAUAAUUGCAGGAUUCAAAUCGAGAGCGAACGUUCAGAUGAUCGAGAAGUCGAGGUCCCUAUCUUUGAUGGAUCAGCUAAAGAAUGGGUCGAAGCGAUCGAAGGAGUUGGCAUAAAGGUGGCUCAAAACCAUGUUGGUGAAAGUAUGGAGAAGAUGGUAGCACAUGUGAACAAGCCUGUGUACGUUUGCAAGUACGAUUCUUUUGUUGCUGCAUUUCCUGCUCUAGAGACUCGCAUUACUUGUGGUAUCGACUUCCCACAGGUGCCUGCUAUAGGCUGCCAAUGGUUUUCUUGGAGACCUGUCCAUGAGUCUUCUUUUGCAAAGGAUAUCGCACCAUCAAGAACCUUCUGUGUCUAUGAAGAGGUGGAGCGCAUGCGUGAAGCAGGGCUCAUUAAAGGAGGUUCUCUAGAUAACGCCAUCGUUUGUAGUGCCAAGCAUGGAUGGAUGAACCCUCCUCUGCGAUUUGAUAAUGAAGCAUGUCGACAUAAGAUCCUUGACAUAAUUGGUGACCUCUCCCUUGUAGCACAAGGUGGAAAUGGAGGACUUCCCGUGGCUCACAUAGUCGCAUAUAAGGCGGGUCAUACACUGCACACUGACUUAGCACGUCAUCUCACCAUCGACUAAAGAAUAUGUGGUCGUUGUGAACCAUAUUCCGCAUAAGUUAUGAUCCUUUCUGUUUUGGUUUUUGGUUUCAUUUUCGAAAGAUCAACCCAAUAUGGGGGUUUUAGCUCAAUCGAGUUUCAAUACUUUGAAUACAUUAAUUGUUAAACAAAGUAAAUACACAUUUGAUCGUUGUUUCCAUUGUAAGGUUCAGUUUAUUUCCCAAGUUUUUCCUAAUUCACUAU